AUGACCGCGCUUCCGGCUGAGCUAUGUAACCAGAUCGUCCACUACUCGUCUCAACGCGAUCUCUUCUCGCUGUGCCUGACUUCUAAAGCGCUACAACGCGCUACCGAGGCGCGGAUAUACGAAUGUAUCUUUCUCCGCGACAUGGGCGUAGCGUAUCGCGCGUGCCGUGCGAUAGUCGGACGUGGUGGCGUGCGCGGAGCGUACGUGAAGCGCUUCUGGUUCUCUCAGGACACCCGGCGCCUCCCGCCGCGUACUAUGGUGCAGCUGCCGCCACAAUUCUGGCAGGCCGUGCAGGACGCGCUUACGAAGAUGGUCAACCUGGAUUUCCUGCUGCUCAACGACCCGGCGAAUGCAAACACGUGGGUGCUCAGCUCGCCCACGUACAAGUUCCAGCUGCGCGAGGCCAGCUUCCAGCUCCCCUGGGACGCGGAGAUGGUCGCGUUCCUCCAGACGCAGAAUAGGCUCCGCGUGCUGCACACGGAGGACUCGUUCGAGGACGGUCCGCUUCCCGCUAUCACACCCGGCAAGCUCCAGUCGCUGCAGGUGUACAAUGGGCCAGUGCUUGUCGUCGCGGAGCUCAUGGCGUGCCCGCUCACGCAUCUGCAGAUCAUGCUCGAAGAGGACACCGCGGUGCUCCUGGGUACGGUCGUCACUGAUCUCGGCAGGUCGAUGAAGACGCUGCGGAGUCUCAACGUUGCGUUCAUGCCGGAACAUUACAUGCUCGAAACGCUCCAGCUCAUCUCGACGUCCGUGUUUGCACCCACAUUGCGCCACCUCGGGAUCCUCCCGAUUCCAUACGACGACCGCAGCGAAGUGCACCGGUGCCUGAUGCGCCUGCCGGCCCUGCACGUCCUAGAGGUGGACGUGUUCAACUGGGAACCGCAGCCGGUAGAGGUGUUCCAGCGGAUGCUCGCGAGCGAGCUGCGGAUCUACUGCCCGUCGCUGCGCUAUGUGUCGUUUUGGGUCGGGCAGCACCACCUCAUCUGGCACUGCGUGGACGAAGAGUGGACGAGUUGUCACUUCUCUCCGCGGCACCCGCAGAACGAGACGCUGUGGCGGACCGUGUAG